CAAUACCCUCUUCUGACAUGGAUAGAGAACCUGGCAGUCCGAGCGAAUGGCAACAUUCUCGCAGUAUCGAAUACCUCGCCGAUAUUGCGUGAAUUCGACCCAGAUACAAACAAUAUUCUUUUCGUCCACGAUUUCUCUGCUUAUGGAAAUGCGCUCCAAGGGAUUACCAAAGUCAUCUCGGACGUCUUUGCGGUAGAUGUGCUGACUUGUGACAUCGUCGGCACGCAAACCUGCACACCUGGAAGUGGUUCAGUCUGGAGGGUAGAUUUUCGCAACUGCAAAAGCCUCAAUGAUCUGCCCGAGGUGACGAAGGUAGCUGUGCUGCCUGGCGCAGGUCUACUGAACGGCAUGGCAACUUUGCAGCCUCGUGAGGGCAUCAUUCUCAUGGCAGACAGCCUUUUCGGCUCUAUCUGGCGCGCCAAUAUCUGGACCGGGGAGGCUGGAUUUCUGUUUGGUACUCAGGAAAUGACUGCGACCUCAGAGAUAUCGAGCGGCGUGAACGGGAUACGUGUGGCGAAGGAUCAUUUGUACUUCACUAACUCGGCGCGUGGCACCUUAUACAAGAUACCGAUUGAUCCGAGGACAGGCAUGCAUACAGGAGACGCCUCGACAAUUGCAUCGGGCCUUAUUGGCCCCGACGAUUUUGAGUUGGACCCCCAGAAAGGUGUGGCAUACGUCUGCGAUGGAGUGGGUAAACAACUGCUGGAAGUGUGUUUGCAGACAGGUGCGAUCCAGCUCCUUCUGGAUUUACCAGGCCCAACCUCUGCUCGUUGGGGUAAAUCGAGAAGCCAUGGCGCCUCACGAUUAUUCGUCUCGACAUCAGGAGGUCUGCAGCAAUAUCUGGACCACAAUGUAACCAUAGGAGGCGCUGUUUACGAAGUGACGAUUUGA